UAAAAAAAAGGUCACAUCCCAACAUUCCUCCUCUGCUCCCUCAAACUUCUCCGUCUUCUUCCCUCACCCUUUUCUCUUCUUCUGCAACUCGUUAAACCCCUCGGGAUUCUAAACAUUCUCAUCACGACUUGCACGGACUCGCCGCAAAUCCUGCCGUAUUUGGAAUACCGGUACCAGUUUGUGAUUGGAUCGCCAUUUCUAGGAUUCCCGGUGCAAUCGUCGUGUUCUUUUCUUAAGAGGAGAACUGGCGAACCCCCUCGCAGAAAAUGUCGUGGUUGAAAUCGGCUGUGAGCAAGGCGGUGGAGGUUGGGAACAAUAGCAACCUGACUCGCGCAGUCAAGAACUAUGCAGACACCGUCGUCCAACAAGCUGGUCAGGCCGUCGCCGAUGGAGCCAAAAUCUUGCAGGAUCGCAUUGCCACUCUCAAUUUUAGAAGUGCUAAGCAAACAAUUAAGAGAUUGGAAGAGGCAGCUGUCUCCUGUAGGGGCCAAGAGAGAUCCUUGUUAAUGAGAAGAUGGUUGGAAGUGCUUAAAGAAGCUGAGAAAUCUGAGGCAGGUUCCUCGGAAGAUAAUAAAUACAAUGCUUUUGAGCAGUACCUUCUUCCUGAUGAUGCUAGAGAAGGUCUGAGAAAAGUAUCCACGAUUCUGUACUAUGAUGCUGAUGUUGGUGGUGAACCGCUCCCUUUCCGUGACAUUUUCCUGCAAAGUCAGGCUUUGGAGGGCAUCACAUUAUCCAUGAUCCUCCACUCACCAAAUGAAGAUGAAAUUGCUCUGUUACUGGAGUUGUUUGGUGUUUGUCUAACUGGAGGAAAGGAAGUUCAUAUUGCAAUACUGAGCAGUAUCCAGGAUCUGGCUACAGUUUUUACAAAAUACAAAGAGGAAGUGCUGGUUAAAAGGGAGGAGUUGCUUCAGUUUGUGCAAGGUGCCAUUACAGGGUUGAAGAUUAAUGCUGAGAUGGUCAGAAUUGAUGCUGAAGCAGCAGAUCUCAAAAACAAACUUGAUGGGAUAACUGUGCAGGGUCCAACGAAUGAAACCAAGGACAACGAAUCUGUUAGUGCCACUAAUGAAGCUAUAGAGGCUCUCAAGGAAGCAUUAGCUAAAAUCCGAACUUGUUCAAGACUGGAAGAGCUUUUAUUGAGAAAGAAAAGUUUAACCUUUGGAGACACUCCAGAGAUUCAUGCCCAAAAGAUCGACAAGUUGAAAGUCUUGACAGAAUCUCUUGCUAGUUCUGUGACAAAAUCUGAAAAGCGCAUUGUAGAUCAGAGAGUACAAAAGGAAGAGGCUUUGAAAGUUCGUCUGUCUAAAUCUGACGAAGCCAAUGAAAAGGAAAAGGAAAUAGGUGCUGAGAUCACUGUACUUGAAAAGGAAAGAGAUGAACUCGAAGCCCAGUUGAAAAAGGUUAAUAUUUCCUUAGCUGCUGCAAAUGCACGCCUCAAUAAUGCCAGAGAAGAGAGGGAACAGUUUUUAGAAGCAAACAAUCAGAUCAUUGAGCAUUUGAACGCAAAGGAAGAUGAGCUGACGGGCUCAAUAACUGCAUGCAAGGUAGAAUCUAAUGUUCUGGGCACGUGGGUUAACUUCUUGGAGGAUACUUGGGUUCUCCAGCGCUCCUAUGUGGAAACGACUGAGAAGCAGGCAACUGAUGAGCUGGAGAAUCAUGAGGAGUACUUCACGAAGUUGGCCGUCAAUCUUUUAACUGACUACAAGAAAGAAUUGGAACCUUCUAUUGGUCGCAUUGGUACAUAUGUUGAGAACCUAAAGGCAUUGAGUCUACGGUCAGAGGUAGCAGCCAGUGCAGAUAAUCAAGAUUCUCAAGUAACUAGCCCGAGGCGACAUCUUGAGGAAGAAUACAUGGACUAUGAAGCAAAGAUCGUGACCACCUUCAGUGUAGUGGAUAACAUGAGAGAGCAAUUCUAUGCUCAAAAGGGCGCAAGCUACAGGAAAGACGACGAAAGAGUGAAGGAGCUAUUUGACGAGAUUGAAAAGCUGAGACAGGAAUUCGAUGCCAUCGAGAGACCAAUUCUUGAGGUGGAGGUUCCGAGCUCAAAGCAAGAACCAACAUCCGAGGAGAGGUCAUCGGAAAUUUCUCCCCAUCCUAUAGCCGAGCCACCCAAGGGAGAACCUAGUUCACCAAAGCCACCUGCUGAGCUUCCCAAGAAACCAGCCACAAGUGGCGGUGAGGCUGGGAAACCCCUCGAUGCUGACGCAGAGCUAGCAAAGCUGGAGUCAGUGUUCGGCAAGCUUGAUCCAACGGAUUAUUCAGCGGAGGAGGUUGGCGAGUGGGAAUUCGACGAGCUCGAAAGAGAACUACGAGCCGGUGAUCACACCAAAUCCUGAACUGCGUACUGUAAACUACAGAAGCGAUAAAGUGUAAGAAGCACCCUCCAGCUUCUGUAUGACUUUAACUGCAGAAAUUCGUCCCUGGAAAAGAGAAGCUGAUGGAAGUUUUAGAUGACAAAGGCUUGCUUUGGACGUGUCAGUUUAAACUAAUGUAAACGGCAAUGGGGGAGCGAGAAUUCUUAGUUUCAAUUUGUUCAUUCUUAAUGUACAUCCACAACAAAAGAUUUGUUCUGUUGUAUUAUUGUAACAAAUAAUCAAACGCAGCAAAAGAGAUUUUAAGUUCUUUUUUUUUUUUUUGUUGGAAAAACAGGGAAGUUCUUUUUAUGGAUAUCUGAGGCCAAUUCUGAAA